AGAACAUCAGCUCUCACUUAAUGCAUCCCAUAACCAAACAUACACCUAGCCAUCACAAGUCUUUCAAACCAGUCAAGAUUCAAUAUUCUAGAGUUGCCCAAUCUCGAGAACUCUCAGUCCAGCCCGAAACUCACCAUAACCAAUGUCCGGCCCCAUCCUCAUCAUCGGCGCCGGCCUCGGCGGCCUCGCGCUCGCCCAAGGCCUGAAGAAGCACAACAUCCCCGUCCAGAUCUACGAGCGCGACGCACGGCAGGACUUCCGCGCCCAGGGCUACCGCCUCCGCAUUGGCACGGAGGGCAUCCUGGCGCUUCGGACGACUCUAAGCGCGGACCUGUUCGCCUUGUUCGAGAGCACCUGCGCGGCCAACGGCCUGCUCUCCGGCGGCGCCAGGCUCGAUGCUUUGUCCGGCGAGCCGCUCGCCCCGCAGAUUGGCGGCGGUGGUGCUACCGGAGGACGGCCUGCCCAAGCCCACGGCCCGGUGGAGCCCUACACCGUGGACCGCGGAGUCAUGCGCGAGGUGCUUAUGACAGGCCUCCAGGAGGAACUGCACUUCGGGAAACGGUUUACACACUACGAGGUACUUGACGGUAGUACGGACAGCGGCAGUAGUGGGGUCGUCGUCGCGUUCUUCGAGGACGGCACCUCGCAGCAGGGUGCGCUGCUGGUUGGCGCGGACGGACUACGAUCGCAGGUGCGUGGACAGCUCCUGUCGCCUUCUUAUCCCUUCCUGGAUACCGGGAUGCGGAUCGUGUACGGGAAGACGUACAUCACGCCCGGGUUUGAGGAGCGGUUCGCCCGUCAGGCGAUAGGUGGCAUGUCCUUGGUCACGGAGCGGGGCACGGACGCGCCCAAGACGCUGUUGCUGGAGGCCAUUCGGUUCCCGCCCCGCCCGGCUGACGUGCUACGCGGCAUCCGGUUGCCAAGGGAUUAUGUGUACUGGGUCUUGCUGGCGCACAGGGAUGAUGUUCCACUGCGGGAUGAGGAGACGUUGGCGUUGGAUGAGGAGGGGUCGGCGCGAUUGUCGCUGGAGCUGACGGCAGAGUGGGAUCCGGCUGUGAGGGUCUUGUUCGAAAAGCAGGAUCGCACGCAGGCGUCCACACUGCGGAUGUGCUCGGUGCGGCCGGAUGUGCCCGCUUGGGAGGCGAAUGCGAGAGUCACGCUUCUGGGAGAUGCUAUCCAUGCGAUGCCUCCGACUGGCGGGAUGGGCGUGAACACUGCUUUGCGCGAUGCAGAGGACUUGGUGCGGAGGAUUGCUGAGGUGGGUGGGUCGGAUGGGGUAGGUGUCGAGACAGUGGCGCAAUAUGAAGAGAGCUUGAGGCAGUUCGCGCGGGAGUCAGUUAGGCUCAGCUGGGAAGGAGGCCGAAGGCGGUUCGACUUGAGACCCAUUGAGGCAUGCGAGGAGAUAGUUUUGUAGGAGGGCUGUUUUAGUGACAUAAAUAAUCGACGACUGCUAGCUGGAAGCUGUGGCAGGUUAGCUGUCUGUAGAUGCAUUGAUCUCUUCUAUUCCAAUAUAAAGUGUAUUUCAUCAGCUUCUCUCAUUCUUCAUCUUCUUAUAAGUAUGGGCUCGGCGACCGUUGGUGUAAAUAGCGU